CCAAUUUCAUUUCAUUUAAGGAAAUUAUACGGAACUAUCACUCGUUGCCAGAAAACAAUAUGAAUCUAGACUAAAUGCUACUGCAUCGUCUCUGCGUGGCGCCAUGGAAGUAACUGACACGAAGCUAUGGAGAUGUGAUCCAAAAAACCAUAUUCAAGGUUCUACAUACGAUCAACUGACCAGACUCCUGCAAGCUCACAUACAGAAUGAAGUUGAUCUGAAUAAUGUAGGUACGUGCACACAAACGUGUGACACCUACUCCUUCACCAAGGGAAGCAGAUGCUAUGACGAAGAAAGUGAAUACUGCAGAAAGAGAAAACCUUGCAUAGGCAAUUUGAUCAAUUGCAGAUUUAUUGAAUCGCAUAUGACAGCUUGCAUCUCGCCCGCUAGCAGUUUGAGAAGAUACGAAUACAUUGAAUUCGACAGUGGUAGAACCAUGGGAGGAAAGACUCGUUGUUAUAACCGAAAGGUUAACAGUUGGACCCGAUGGUUUGUUCAUUGUUCAACCUGUUUAUGCCUGUGUGACGAGCAAGGAUCACAAUCAGAUAGAUACUUCAACCUGAGACCAGUAAACGCCGAUGUGGAAAAUAACAGGUAUUUUUGUUCCACAACCCACAAUCUUCAAUACUUCAAUUUUUUUUCAGGUGUCAAAUUCGAUUACAAAAAUGGAAAUUUAAGAUUUCAAAUUCGAGUCUCCCCAUUCAAUUUCACCACAGGAGUAGUAUCUCUGAACUCAUAUUACGUAUCCAGUUCAGGGAAUAGGUAUAGUAUAGACUUGGACGAUGCAGCCAUACCUACAGAAUCACCUUCGUCAGAACCAAACUGGAGUCCAAAUAGAUACAUAGACUUCACUCACACCAGCUUUGAAAAAGAUGCUGCCCAAACGACAGUGCCUUUCUUUGACAUACAACCAGUGACAUCAUUUCCCCAGGUUCCCCUCAAGGGAGCAGGUCUUUACUACAAAGGUAAUCCAGGAUAUGGUGGAUUUGUAGCUCCAAAAAUAACUACAUACGACUUUACCCAGCACAUGAUAGUGAAUUUUCCCGAAGCGAAGAAUAGAGUAGACACCGACAAAGAAUUUGAGGUUAUGCCAAACUGAUUUGGGUUAAUGAUUCAGAUGAAUGAUAUGAAUGUCCUUAGUGGUAGUUGACAGUUUUAUAGAUGUAGUUUCAACAGUGUUACAACUUUCUAAAUAUCAAUAGAAAUAGAAGUUAUACUCUUUCGAAUUAUCUGUGAAAAUAGUUUUGUGAAUAAACAUUUUUAAUUUUGAACAGUCUACGAAUAUGUUGAUAUUUUUUAGUAACGGUUAUCUCACCGAAAAAGAAACUUGAUAUGAUUAAACUGAACUAUAUGGAGAUGUGUUACAAUUAGAUUUAGUGAUUGAGGUCUAAGUUGAAAUCAUUCGAAAUAAAAAUGGGUAUAAAA